AUGCCAUUUGGGCCGGAAACGUGCACGCAAAGUGCUCAGCCACAGCGACACAAUAUAUCCGUGUAUGUAAAUAGAUGAAAUAUUCUUUUUUUGAAUGAAAUGAAUGAGGAUGAGGAUGAGGAUGCGUCGAGAUUGAACUUUGAGAGAAGGGAGAAUGAAAAAGGGGAGUGAAUUGGUUAUUGGAAAACAAGAGCAAAAACUUGAUACUCGGCGGAUUGUUGAAUUAUUCAUCAUAGGUGUGUUCUUGUGUUUUGUCCGUGAUUGGCUUUGGAAAAGUCUCUAUCUCAAAUUUUGAAAUCAGUUCAAAAGCUUCACUCCUAAUCCGAUGUUUAUUUGUAAUCUGUCUCCAAAACCCUUUAAUCGAAGUUUUCCCAACAACGUUGUCCAUCCACACUCAUCAUCAUCGUACGUGACAUCAAAUAGUGUUUAUCCCCCGCGCCUAAGCAGUUCACUUCACUUCUGACCCUAAUCACUCAUGUUUCUCGAGCCCAUUCCUAUUCAUCUGGGACGAUUAUUCCGGAUUGAACACGCCGGGGAACAAGAAUAGUAGUCCGUUGAAGGUCAACUGGGGAGAAGACCGUCUUCUUUUAAAUAGAGGGGGGGGGGCACGGAAAUAAGAAGAAGGAGAGGAAGAGAAGAGACAUUGCUAAGCCGGUGUGACUGCUUACCGUCUGUCGUCGUAAACGCUCUCGGCCCCACCAUCUCCCGUCCUCCUUUUCUUUCCAUUCUCGGGUGGCUCGCCUAACCUACAUUACUGUAAUUACACCUCCCCUCCUCUCAUCGCAUUUGCUUCUCUUCUUCGUCUUUUGUAUGUUUCCUUUUUGAGGAAGAACACGACAAUAUCUAAUCGACCGGAUGAUGUUGCCGUUAUGGAUACUGUUAUGGGUGAGUCGGACUUACGUUUGAGCACGCACGAGGAGGUGUAUAGUGGUAAUGACAAAAGCAAAAAUUGAAAGAGGAGGAUGGGCUGUUACUACGCAUUCCCCAGAUAAUUUAUGAUAAUUAGAAAAAAUAGAGACCAUCGCUUCGCUCUUCUCUUUUCCGGAUAAUUAUUGGCGGUUUGGAACCGAAAAGAGUUCUCUAAUAUUCAUUGGUUUUUGUGCCCGGGGGCAGAGCAUGACAGCAAAAAAAUGUGAGAAAGAGAAAAUUUCUAAAUUUUCAGUUCUUCGAUCCCAUCGUCGCAGCUGAGCCUUUGAUCACAGGUUAGAUUUAGAUUACAGAUCAGUGGAAACAACUUUCAAACACAGUAUGAUUUCAGAUAAAAAAGUGACAUGUACAUCAUCAAACAUCGAAGUGGCGCUCACAUUCGCCAAAGGAUUUUCCGGUGGUGUUUUGACCGAAAACCCGAGGAAAUAUGAUCAAUGCAGGUUGGGCGAAAAACCGAGCGAAGGGGAAAAGCGGAGCGGAAUGGCUUAUUUUUCUUUCUUCCAGGUGGAAAGGUAAUGGGUCUAAUUCAAUGUCUAUCAACAUUCCAUUGUUCAACUCCACCAAAUGCGCAGUCGUGGCCAAUGAGGUGAGUGUUUUUAUGCGUUUCCUUUGAAAAUGAACAAGGCUACACGAAUAUAAGGGUUUUCGACACCAAUGUAAAAAGUGAAAACAUAGAUUCGUGUGAAGUGUGAAAGAUCAAAUAAGGAUUACGGUAGCAGUAGCGGGAUUUAAGGCUUAAAAGGGUCCUAAUCUCUCAUAUUCUACGUCAAAAACGUUCUGAGCCCGAAAUAUCUGAUGAAACAAGAUGGAGAAGUCGCCCAGAGCAACGAAAACGAUAGGGAUUAGAUAUAAGAAUCGCAUUUUGAUGGGCAUAGAGAAAAACAAGAAAAAGACGCGAAAGAAGGUUGUCAGAUGUUCCUUCUGCGAAACCAAAUAGUUUUUUAGUCUGGGAUAGAAUAGGGGAAGAAAGCAAAUAGAAUGGAAGGGUGAGGAAUAGGAAACCACCCCUAAAUCCUUCAUGUCCUCGUCAGAAUUUUCGAUAGUUUCUGCUAGAAUGAAGAAGAAGAAUUGGUUUGGUUCUGCACCCACUUUUUCUCGCCUGACAGCAAACCGAAAGCUUACAUGUGCUACAGAAUGACGGAUGGAACUUUUUAUGACAAACUACAGAUGUUGUCCGGAAUGAUGCAUUACCCCAUGAGAACGGCAAAAAGCAAAGCUCAUGCGAAUAAUUUGAAACAGGGUUCCCCAGAGUAAAAAGAAAAAGACAGUUAGUUGAAAGUUUAGAAGAAAAAAAGUAACUAGCAGAUGAGAAGAGGCGCAAGAUGUGGCGGGCAGAGGGCAGGGGAGGAAGGGACGUGAGCAGAAAGAGAAUGUGCAUCAUUCAUAUUGCAAUAUGUGUAUGUAUAUGCCCCCCUUCUCUCUUUUCCUCUUGCUCUAGUAAUUAGGUUACACGCAUCUUUCUCAUUAAGAGGUCCCCUCUUUUUUUUUGCCAUUUUUGCUCAUCCUGAGCAAGUUUUCCGGGAUUACGGUAGCUCUCGAAUAACACGACAAAUUUUUGCAGACCAGCGGCGUGUACAGUAUCAAGCUACUCGUCAGUCCUGUCGAUGGACUAAUUGUCGACGGAUUCAGUGCGAUUAAUGUAAAAUGCAUUUAUGCGACACAGGAUAUUACACUCACUCUUCCACCAAUCUUCAAUGGGACCAAUGCAUUGCAGGUUUGUCUAGACGCCGAAAUUGAGACAAAAAAGAGAGGGGGGGUAAAGUACCGGAAAUUAGGUCGAGUGCCAAAGUUGAAACUUAGAAAGUAUUUCAACGGAUAUUUUUAGUCGAGAUUCAAAAAUAUAUAGCAUUCUGAUUGUGAAAGAGUUUUCCAAGCCGGUUUUUUUCUUCUAUGAAAUAUUAAAAUCAUUUCUGGUUUUUCAAUUUGGCGGGUGACCCUCCAAAGGCUGGAAAUUUUCUGGUUAAACUUUGGCUAGUAAAGUAGAGAAUAUUAGAAACUUAGAACACAGAUCAAACGAGUUUUGCGGGGAUAUUAUGAAGAAAUGACAUGAACCACUUCCCCCCCCCCCGUUAUUCAUUUAAUCGACUCACACCUACACUCCAAAACAUUUCAAGAUCACCGCGAUGAACGACGACAACAGUGUGGUGACUGGAAGUGGUGGCUCGCCGGCGUUAACAAUGCAAAUUUUGGAAGGACAUGGAAUUACCGGCUCACCAGUGGUCAAAGCCGCUGUUGGACAAAGGAUUACAUUGGAUAUAGCUUUGCAAAACACAGGUGGGAUAAAUGAAGAUGGAAAGGGGCGAGCUUCUGCCCCUUUUGUUGUCUUGUGACGGCUUCUUUAUAUCCAAUCUCUCUCGAUUUUUAGCACUAUUUCGCGUUGGUGAAACCUGUCAUUAUUGUCACACCGAUUUUAGCUAAAAACAACAUUUAUUUUCUUCCUUUUUUCCAGCCAUUUAUGAUUUCUACGUUCACUCGUGCUACGCCCACGAUGGAAGCAACUCGCCGGACGCAUCGAUCAACAUAAUCGAUUCAAAUGGGUAGUGUCGAUGAUAUUACGUACAAUUUAUGCAAAUACACUUACAUAUUUAAAGAUGCGGAGUGCGACUAUCAAGGGCAAUUGACGUGCCGGCAAUGACUGCGCAACCCACACCAAAUGGCCCAAAACACGUCUAUUUGCAUAUGUAAGAGAGAAGAAAAGGAAGGAAGAAACCGAAAAAAAAUCGUCUCUUCCUUCUUUUAUUCUUUAAUAUAUAUAAUUGUUUAUUUGCGCAAAGAAGAAGAACAUGAGUAGUAGGAUCAAUUUUUUGAGGGCAAACCAAAACUGACACAUCCAUCCCCACCCGUCUCAUUUGUCAAUUUUAGGUACGGAUUUCAAUUCACCUCCAACAAUUUUGUGCAUUUCGAAUGUCAAGUCAAACCAUGUAUCAAAUCGUGUCAUAGAGAGGUUUGUGAAAAAAUGGGAAAGUAAAAGUAGAAUUCUGGACAAAAUGAACAAGCAGCCGGGACAGACGAGUAUCAAUCAAGGCAGAGAGCAACCGUCCUAAGGGACACGCGAAAAGAGAGAUGAGAACGGACGCUGAGUCAGUUUGAAACAAAAGGACUUUUGCUAGUGCAGCACAUCCAAUCUAUACACAUUUCCAGAUGUACAGAAGAUGACACCAUCAAGUGGUACAAUAUAAGCCAUGUCAAUGACAGAAUAGAGUGCUUCUAUGUAGAGGGGAAACGGGCCGCCGCGACACCAUUAGGACAGCGCUCAGUAAUGAAUCUCGGAACAAGGACGGCUCCUUUUCCCCCCUUUCUUGAGUCACUUGUGCAUAGCAUAGAAAAUGGAGCCAAAAAAAAGUUGGAGCGAGCAAAAAGUUGUCAAGUUUCCACACCUCGCCAUGAAAGAGGAAAAGUGUAAGAGUGAGCGGAGAAAUGAGUGUGAGACUGAUUUGAAAUUCAUGUAGUUUAUCAUGGCGUGUCAUGUUUUGUGAACGGGAAAAAAAGCACACAAAAAAUAUUUCAUUCGCCGUCGCUUUCUUUGUGUUUUGCAUAAUUAAAACUUGUAUGCGCACAUCUCUGAUCUGAAUAUCUAGUCAACCAUUAUCUGACUUGUGUGCCGUUGGCGAAGGCGUCAAAGUUGAGCAUGCGAUCAAAAAAACAGUAAUUGCUGGUUUUCUUCUCACGACAUUUGAAGGUGGUGUCUAGAAAGUUUUAAAUUUGUCAAAAAUCGGUCAGGUUAAACAUUUUUGGCAAAAACUAUUGAUUUUUUUAAAGGUUAUUUUGGUAUUAAAACCCGGCCCGGCCCGCGACAAGUCUGAUAUUUGGAUUGGGUAGCAAACACAAUGACCUAAAGAAAAUCUCAAUCACGAAUACGUCUCACUCCAGCUGAAAAUCAACGUUUUCACCUGCCAAAAUGACGAGUACUUCUUCGUUUUGAAAAUGAAAAUGAGGAAAAAGUUGCUGCGCGUUCUCAGAAACUAUAAGCUGGAAAUGGCAUGUCGUGGGCAUGUGGCUUGUGUCUCAUACUUUGUUGAGUUAGAAACGAUUUUUAGUCUGACUUGAGAGAUCUGUGGAAAACAGGAAUCAUAAAUCUUGACUUGGGUUCAGAAAGUAUAGUACUUUGCAAAACGCGUCCGAAAUUUGACGUAAAACUGUGUGUUGCAACUUUAUAAGGUCAAGUACAGUUCCGUUUGAACCAGGAAGUAACACAACUUGAACUAUUUCUCUAUUCCCAUUCAUAUUCCCAAUUUUUCUCUUUUAGCAAUGCGUCCGUGAACCGGAAACGAAGAUCCCUCUAAUCCCAGCGCAUCGCCGUCGCCGUCACGAUGAAAACUCGACCGAUGUGGCCACGCUUCGCCUCGAGACCGUGCUCGAGAUCUCGCCCCAAUCAACGCUCUCAGCUGCUGCCCUUGGUCAGUCCGAACUUAUGAUGGCACCAUGUGUCACUGGAUGAUCUCGCACGAGACCCCCGACUUGUGAAGGCUCCGCUCCUGCUCGAACACAUGAUAGGUGCAAGCGGACCCUUCUCGCUCUCAAAAUAGUAUAGAUUCGAGCGGGGCAGCCAACUGUGAGAGAAGAGAAGACAGACGAGUAUCUUGAUAUUUCAGUGUCGUCCGAGGACUACGCUCGACCGGGACACUGCUAUUCUCAGCCGAUGCUCAUCGCCACAUGCACUUGCGUUUUUGUCACGACUGCACUUUUUGUGUCGCUGAUUCACGUGGUGUUUCGGCGGUGGACAAAGUCCGGCAAAGCUAGCAAUAUAAAUGACACGGAUAGUGUGGACUCAUCGAGCAUUUCGUAA